UAAAAACCCCAGUAUGCGUUUUGAAUCCGUUUUGCACACCACACGCUUCCCUAAAUUCCUACAUUGUGGUAAAUGGUGCCGUCUGUCUAGUUGUCGACGGUGAAGGAAUAGGCGGUACUGGACAGGAUUUAAGGAAAAAAGAAGUCAUUUCUUACAAGUUUUGUUGAUUUAUUAAAGACUAAUUAAGAUUAUCUACUUUUAUUUAAAACUAUGGCUUCAUCAGAUGUUGCGCGGCAUCCGGAUAAAGGAACCCGGCCCUUGUCCCUUGCAGGCCAUGUAGGCUUUGACAGCCUCCCAGAUCAGCUUGUCAACAAGUCCAUCAGUCAGGGCUUCUGCUUCAACAUUUUAUGCAUUGGUGAAACCGGCAUUGGGAAAUCUACCCUCAUGGACACCCUGUUUAACACAAACUUUGAGAAUUUUGAGUCUUCUCACUUUGAACCUCAAGUGAAGCUGCGGGCUCAAACUUACGACCUGCAGGAAAGUAACGUGAGACUACGCCUCACUGUGGUCAACACCGUUGGAUUUGGAGACCAAAUGAACAAACAAGAAAGCUACCAGCCAGUGGUGGAUUACAUUGACAAGCAGUUUGAGAGUUAUCUUCAGGAGGAGCUAAAGAUCAAGCGGUCUCUGCACAACUAUCAUGACUCACGAGUCCAUGCCUGCCUUUACUUCAUCUCCCCUUCAGGCCACUCCCUCAAAUCCCUGGACUUAGUUACAAUGAAGAAACUCGACAGCAAGGUAAACAUCAUUCCGGUGAUCGCCAAAGCUGACACCAUCAGUAAGAGCGAGCUACACAAGUUCAAGAUCAAAAUCAUGAGUGAACUGGUCAGCAAUGGUGUGCAGAUCUACCAGUUCCCACUGGACGAUGAGACCGUGGCCAAAGUCAACACCACUAUGAAUGGUCAUCUUCCGUUCGCUGUAGUCGGCAGCACCGAGGAAGUUUGUGUCGGCAAUAAGAUGGUGAAAGCUCGUCAGUAUCCGUGGGGCGUCGUCCAAGUGGAGAAUGAGCACCACUGUGACUUUGUAAAGCUGAGGGAGAUGCUGAUCUGUGUCAACAUGGAGGACUUGAGAGAGCAAACUCACACGAGACACUACGAGCUUUACAGGCGCUGCAAACUGGAGGAAAUGGGAUUCAAGGACACGGACCCAGAGUGCAAACCUGUCAGUUUACAGCAGACGUAUGAGGCGAAGCGUCAGGAGUUCCUGGCGGAGCUGCAGAAGAGAGAGGAUGAGAUGAGGCAGAUCUUUGUGCAGAGGGUGAAGGAGAAGGAAGCUGAGCUGAAGGAGGCUGAGAGGGAGCUGCAGGGCCGUUUUGAGCAGCUGAAGCGCGUGCACGCGGAGCAGAAAUCAACUCUGGAGGACAAGAAGCGGCUUCUGGACGAGGACCAGAGCUCCUUCAAUAAGAGGCGGGCUGCAGCUCAGCUGUUGCAGGCUCAGAGCCUCACUGUCAACGGCAAGAAGGAUAAGGACCGCAAGAAUUCUGGCUUCAUGUGAACACUUUUGGAUCUAAAACACUCCGUUACCAGUAUAACCAGUGGCAUUCCAUCCACCUCCUCUUCAGUGGCUCCAACGACAGAAUCAGACAAACCGUGCGAGAGCCCGAGUUGCCAAAGUUUAAAGACCGUUUCCGAAAAAAUCCUGUGUACAUCUUUCAUGGUAUUUGAAUCAGUUAUGUAGCUUUUUUUGGGGGGCUUAUAUGUUUUGAUUUCUUUAUUUAUCCUUUCAUUCUUAUAUAUUAACUUCUAUUUCUUUUUGUUUUCUUUUCUAACACUGAGAGGCGUUUUCCCCUUGCAUGUAAAAUCAGAGGAGACAGGUACACAUUUAGCUGUUUGGUUGCAUUUUUUUGUUAAUUUAAAGUUCCUGCAAAGCCCUUUUCAUACUUAACCACACAGGUGGGAUGGUGGAAGCUCGUGUCAACUUCAUCCCUCGCCCAUCGUAAUCUAAAUUUUGAGGUUUGUGUUUCUUGUUAAUCCGACAACAUCAGCUGUUACAUUUUCACAGCUCUUGGUGGAUUUAAACUUGGCAGCAGCCGCAGGAUUUUGUGUUCUGGUUUGAAUAAAUAAAGACAAUUUCAUAUAUGUAUACUUUUAAUAUAAGAAAUUGGUAAAUUAAUACACAAUUCUUCAAAAUUUCAGCUUUUCGUAUACAUUAUCAAACAAAAAUUAAUGAUUUUAAAAUAAUUUGCGACAUAUCUUAUUUUCCAAAUGUUUACAGUAAUUGAUUAAAAGGAUUUUAAACCGCAUUUGUUUAGAUAUUUUAAAAUUAAGUCAAGGCAUUCAUCUUCAAAGCUCCCUUUUUAGGCUUCGUUGACUUUUCUACUGAAAUCUGCUUUAUAGGGAACAGCCCUUGUCUGGACUUUACAUAUUUCUGGGGCUUCUACAGUAUGACGCUGUUGUUAGAUUGGGUAUAUUGAAUUCAAUUUGGCAUUAAAAUAUAUUUAUAUACGUGAAUAUUUGUGUACUUUUUUAUUUUACCGUGGCUGUUUGCAGUAUUUAAAAGAAAGCCGGAUCUUUGAUCAGCUAUGCAUCAUCAUGAGUUGGUUGCUGUUGAGGGGGCAAAAGAAUAGAAGGAUCCUUGUGUUACUCUGUAAUAUUAUUAUAUGUUUGUAUUCACUUUUCUCUGUACUGUAAAGCUGAACACUUGUGGUGCUGGUGUCCCAAAAAGUGUGUUUUAAAAGCCACCAUGAACUCACUUUUACUAACGUUUGGUUCUGAUACCAGUGCUUCAAUGAUGUUAGUGCCUUAUCUGUGUCAAACUUUUGGACCCCCGCAGGAGAAAAGUUUGCUUGACACACUUUAUCACGUGUGUUUUUAAGAACAGUAUUAUUUUGGGAGCUUUGUUGUGCCUUUUUAAAUAAAUCAUUGUAUUUUUGUCACGA